AUGAAAUUCGAGAAACUAAAUUCCCUUCCUCCUAAACUAGUAAGUCAAGGAUCAAGAAAGGCAAGCGCAAGAUGGCAGAUUCUAGCUUUUGUCUGUAUAUGGAUACUAGUAUUUUUGAGGCAGAAUUCAAAAGCAAACAAAACAGCUACAUACACUAUUGGAGAGCAACAGCUCAAAGGAAUAGAAAUAUUUUUAAAACCAGAGACCUCGACAAGACAUAACUUUGGAGUCUUAUUUGAAAGAGUUCUACAUGAUGCUCAGAAAAAGAAAGGCAAUUUCUUGGAAAUAGGUGGCGGCUCCGGUAGUUUUUUUGACCACAAUAUGGCUACAUUCGGUCACAUGAUACAGAAUUAUGUCAUUAUUGAACCUUACAGCUUAAUAUCUGAGACUAAAGAAAGACUGCCAGCUUUUGCUGAAAAAGUAUAUAAAUGGAGAAACAAUUCAUCUUCACCUACUAGCGUAACUGUUCAUGAUGAGUUUUCUACUAACUUGGAGCUUAUCAAGUCAUUUCCAGAUGAAUACUUUGACUUUGUUUACAUAGAUGGAGACCAUUCAUACAAAGGAGCAAAAAGUGAUUUGAUAAAUUAUUUUCGGAAGGUACGUAGCGGUGGUGUCAUUGCUGGACAUGACUAUUGUUGCAAUCGCAAGGAAUACGAGAGCACGAUCCACGCUCCAUGGUGCGGGAAAUAUAUUUAUCCAGUGUCAACCUCAAAAAGGGAAAAGCAUGGAAAGGACAAAGUGGCUUUUUGUGGGAUUUUCCUGGGUGCAGAAGAGUUUGCGAAAGAAAAUAACUUUUACUGGCUCUACACACUUGAAGGAAGAGGGGAAGGAAAUGCGGCUGGCGACAACAAUCCGUCGUAUUUCACAAUAAAGCUUUAA